AGUGGUCUUACCAAUGCCGCCCAUUCCUACUAUUGCGAUGAUCUGGCUGGAGUGUUGGCUAGUCAACUUGUCCAUGACGGCAAACAUGACAUCAUCACAUCCUACCACGGAAGUGACCGUGUGCCCCAGUGAAGAAGGAGAUCCUCUAAAUGAACCACCAGUGGCAGAUGAUGGUUUGAGCUCUCAGGUGAAGGCCUUCGUUGCCAAGUUCCCCUUGUUCAUGACUUGGUGCAAUAAUCAAUCACAAUCGACUUCAAAGUCUUUAUAUCUCCAAUCUUUCGAGGAAUCUCCUCCAGCCUAUAUAAUCCCUCAAGAUAAAGUUGCUCGAGGCACGGAAAUUAAUCAGAUCAGGACAGUUGAUAAUUUUCAAGCACUUGAGCUGCUGGAAUUGACCACCGUUGCGGCAAAGAUCCAACCUUUGUCUCCAUCUCUUCCCAACUCGACUCAACGCCCCAUAAAAAGUCAACUUUCAGAGCGAAUGUGUGAAAAUCUAUGCGCCGUUGGAUUUUGGGAUCGUGUGGCCGCUGUAUACAGAGAAACUUAUCUUUCUGAGAUUCUUUCAAGUGGAGUUUGCAACAUUUUAUAUUCCCAGUGGAACCCAACUUAUGAACUAAUACAAGGGAGAGUGGUCUUACCAAUGCCACCCAUGCCUACAAUGGGGAUGAUCCGGCUGGAGUGUCCGCUUAUCAACUUAUCCAUGACAUCAGUCAUGACAUCAUCACAUCCUACCAUGGAAUUGUCAGUCUGCCCCAUUGAAGAAGGAGAUCCUCUAAAUGAAGCAUCAGUGGCAGACCUUCGUACAACAAGUCUACAUUGGAAUUGAGAUUUUCUGAAAUAGCUUGAAUCUUAUUAUUGAGCCUUAGCGAAGAAGGAGAUCCUCUUAAUGAGCUACCAACAUCAUCACCACCAACGGUCUGAAUGAGUUCCAUUUCAUCUAUC